AUGAUGUCCUCUCAACCGCGCCCAAAGCGGGCAGGGGAAGACUUUACGCGCACACACCACCACGACGAAGACGAUCCGAACGGUCCUUCCGAACACAAGAAGCCACGUUUCGAUUUACGGAAUCCCUCUAAUCUUGCACCGGACGCGCUCGACGAGGACCCGGUAUUAGACGCAGACGAGAUCGGCCGUCGCGGACAACAAGUGCGCCGCAAGGCCGUGAACCUCGAUGGCUACGAUUCGGACAGUGAAAAUGAAGGGUUCAGCGCGCGCAUUGAGGCCAAGGCGAAGAGGAGUCGAGCGAAACACGACGCCGAAGACGACGACAUGUUCGCGGAGCUCCAGGAAGACUUCGGAGCCGAAGAAAUAGAUGCCGACGAGGCACUGAGGAAGAACAAGAAAACCGUGCGUUUCUUGCGCGAUGAUGAGAUUGAGGGUCAGGUGGCUUCAUCGAAAAGUGGAGUGACAUUGCGUGCAGAUCUAAACGCAACAGGGGACACAGUCGAGGAGGAUGAGGUGGAAAGUGAGAGCGAUGUUGCAGAAGAAGACCGUGCGAGAAUCGAGGAGGGCAUGGACGAGGAAUUGGGUGCUGGAGCUAAGAAGAAGCAUGCGCCGCUGCUAGAUGCGUUCAAUAUGCGUGCCGAGCAAGAAGAGGGUAGAUUUGAUGAUCAGGGAAAUUAUAUACGAAAAGCAGCAGAUCCCGACGAGAUUUACGAUUCCUGGCUGGAAGGAGUAUCGAAAAAGGAUAUACGGCGCGCCAAAGAGGCAGCAGAAAAAAGAGAGGCUGAGAGAAAGGAGAGAGAUCGAUUGAAUGACAGCAUUCUUACGGCCGAUGCACUGAGGACCCUAAUAACUCACCUGCAACGGGGAGAAACAGCUCUAGAAGCUUUGGCAAGGAUAGGCAAAGGGGCUGCAAAGAAACCGAAAUGGCAAGCCAAAAAGAACAAGAACCGGUCGAAGCAAAACGCGACCCAAGCAGAGGAUACCGAAAUGACGGAAGAUGACCCCAAUGAGGCUUCUCGAAAGCAAGCGAUAGAAACCAUCACUGGCGCGGCGGAUAUCCUCAUGACACGGGGACAAGCAGAUAUCUACGACACAGAGCGUGAGGUGCUCACAAGACAGUACCGUCAAGAAACAGGCGAGGACUGGGUUGAUCCUCCCUCGGAGUCCGCUGCUCCCACCAGUGCCGAAGAAGAGCCUGUAAUGUGGCAAUUCCGUUGGUCUGACGCUCGAGACGGCGGUGUCGAGCAUGGCCCAUAUGACAGCCAGACAAUGGAGUCUUGGAAGAGUGCUGGCUAUUUUGGCGAGGGCGUCGAAUUUCGAAAAGUGGGCGAUACAGGAGACUGGACGAGCGAGGCCACUUUCCUAUGA